CUGCAUCUUUUCCUCAGAAACCAGGGGCUGUCACAGAGGGAGUACGCUGUGCUGCAGCUCUCCAAGAAACUAUAACUAUGCGACUUUAGCAAUUUAGCAAGACUGAAUCAAAGUUUUCCUCCUCAUGGAAACACAGAACCACUUUUAGCCCGUCUUUCGGAUCGUAUAUUUGGAAAUGCACCCUUAAAGAGUUGUUAGUAGGCUACUUGUUAGCUUCCGGGUUAGCUUCAAGUUUGGACCGUCUUGCUAAUUUUCAUUUUCAGGCCCGAAAUUUUAACUUAUUCCACCUUCAAGCAACACCGCCUGCUGGAAUAGCAUAAAUUGGACUGAUAAAGAUGGAGUCAGUCAACGUUUUCGGCAACACCAGUCCUGUUAACUCGGUUUUGAAAAGGAGGCCCGACGCCAUCCCCGGGUUUUCCUCGCUCUCUCUGCCCGAGAUGAGCACAAAGAACGCGCACUGCAAGAAUCUCUUCUCCCCCGGACCCGCGACGGUGCUAUCUCCUGUCACUAAUCUGGCCCUGGAUAUGAACAACUUGGCUGGACUUGGAAGCCAAUGUGAUACCCCAAAAAGGAGAAAGCAUGCACAUCUUGAGAAGGUUCCCUCCUUUGCCUCUGAUGUCUCAUCUGAUGCUGGCCUUGGCAUGGAUCUCCCCAGUCCCCUGGAUGCUGUUGAAAUGGAGGACACGUUCGAAAGAGCCAUUCAACAGUCAUGCAAGGUUUUCAAUGAGAAGAUGCCAAUUCGUAGAAUCAAUUCAUUGCCAGUCCAGCUCUUGAGCUACAGUCCAUCUUUAAAGGGACAGGAAACAGAUUCACACAGAUAUGGAAUAUUCGGCCAACAACCCUCACAAUUUCCAGCGUCUUCUGGCUCUCAGCGUGAAAAUAAAGAGAACAUGCCAGAGGAGGGCUUUGAAUUCAAAAAACCAACCAAACCAGCAUCACGUUGUCGCAUCCGCUCCUUCAACAGCGGGCAGUCGAGGGACGCAUUUGCUCGCCGUCCCAGCUCAGCACCAGCCCUCAUGUUUUCUUCACCUCCUCCCAUCCAGCAGCUUGACUUCCAGGACUCCAGCCCCAUGUUCCUGCGACGCUCCUCCCUCACUUCCUCUCUAAACGACGACGAUGACGACGGCUUUCUCGACGUACUGGACGACAACAUGGAGAACAACUCAGGGAUGCCGAUGGGAAUGGCCAGCUUGCUUCAUGCUCCGCUGGUGUCAGACAGCACAGCAGAAGACUCUCCUGUGAUUCGCUGUCGGCCUCGCAGCCUAUUCCGCUCCCCCUCCAUGCCCAGCCCGGUGUCCCGUCCCUCUGUGAAGCGCCCAGACUGCCCUGCAGAUGAAAACACACCUGUCAGGGUGAAGCGGAGACGGAGCCUGGCAGGAACACAAGUCACCACCCUGGAACAAAACCCUGAAUCCCCCAGAAUGAGCUACUCGCUGCUGCAGAGGUCCAAGUCUUUCUGCCAGACAGAAAUCGAGAAGCUGCUAGACCGUGAGGACGGCUCUAAUGAGUUAAUAGGAGAUUUCACCAAACCUUUUUCGCUACCUACAAUCGAUGGAAAACAUCAAGACCUCAAGUACAUUAAUUCUGAUGUGAUGGUUUCAACUCUGUCCGGCCAGUUUAAUCAUCUGGUGGAGCGAGUCAUUGUCAUUGACUGCCGCUAUCCCUACGAGUUUGAAGGAGGACACAUCAAGGGAGCUCUGAAUCUUCAUCAAGAGGAUCAGGUAGAAGAUUUCCUCCUCAAAACGCCCAUCAUCCCAUCCUGCCCAGACAAACGCGUCGUCAUCAUCUUCCACUGCGAGUUCUCGUCCGAGCGCGGCCCCAGAAUGUGCCGCUUCGUACGGGAGCGAGACCGCGCCAUCAACGACUAUCCCAAACUCCACUACCCAGAGCUUUACAUCCUCAAGGGGGGAUACAAAGACUUCUUCCCUCUCUAUCAGAUGCAAUGUGAACCUCAGUCUUACCGGCCGAUGCACCACGAGGACUUCAAGGAGGACCUGAGGAAGUUCCGCCUCAAGAGUCGCACCUGGGCCGGAGAACGAAGCAAGAGAGACAUGUACAGCCGCCUGAAGAAGCUGUGAGCGCCUCGUUCUUCUGUCACUGCCUCCAAAAACACACCACCUCCCCCCUGACCUGACGGAGAACUGACUCCUCUCAAAGCCUGAGGCCUCGCCUCACCAACCAGGAAAUAACAGUCUGGGAUUUACAGCCUCAGAAAUUUGAAUGCAGCUAUAGCAAUGUUAGUUAUUUAUGCAAAUUUGAAGAGGGAAAUGAGACGCAGUGAGCAGAUUGAAUUCUGAUGCAGCGUGAUUGUUUUAAAACCACUCGGACCUCCUGCCUGUUUUAUCUUUUUUUAUCAUGCAGAACGAAUCACUUCCUCAUUGCAAUAAUCCAGCCAAACUAAACCACACUGCCAAGUAUUUCUGUCUUCACUUGUGAUUUUUGGUUUUAAUUUUGCUUUUUUAUGUCCCUCCUUAUUUAAGCACUUAAUUUAAAGUUAAAGUGGUGAGGUGCUUUUUUGAUACUGCUUUUAUAUAAUUUUUUAAUGAAUUAUAUCCCCCUCCUUUCAACUGAUUUCCUUCCGAAUACGUCUUUCUCCAGGCGUCCCAUAAUUGGAUAUUGUCAAUUUUAAACUAUAAUAAAUGCAGAGCUUUUCAUUUCUUUGAUUCCUACCUUCCUGAUCAGUUGCAGUACUUGGUGAGUUCUCUGGGUCCCCAGAUGCCAAAGCAAACCAGCUACCUGUUAACUUUGCAGUGAGAUUUUUUUGAUUCUGAUGCUGCAGGUCAGCAAGCAUGCAAGGGUUUUUGAUUUCUUUGUUUUUGCUUUAAUUCCCUUUCUUUUGAGAGACACUGCCUUCUCCUCUGCAGAGCUUAUGUCAAUUAAUGAUGAACGGGGUGGUUUGGAUAUUGCGGUUCAGGCUCGUGGGGGAGCUGUUGAAAUAAAGAGCCAAUGUGUGUUCAAA